AUGUCUUUACAACAACAUGUGGCAAAACGUCAAAAGACAACUGAGAAUGUACCGAUAGUAAACUUUGUGUACAAAGGACGGCCCAAGAUCAACAUUCCGGCAGGUGUCAGUCAUGUUACCACGAGCCAACGAGUGCGAAAAAUAAAGGAGGAAUACUUUCUGUAUUGCAGGACUCUUCGCUUCCUUUCGAUUGGCCAGAGCGUGCAGGAAAUAGAGAGGUCAGCCUUUCAAGGAUGCACCUACCUGACCACGGUCGAGCUUCAAGAAGGAAUAAAGAUUAUCAGCAGUGGAGCCUUCCGUGGUUGCACGUCACUGCUGGAAAUUGAUGUACCAAAAACAGUCGAGACCAUUGAACGUGACGGGUUUCAAGGAUGUGCCGCACUGAAGCACGUUCGGUGUCACUAUGACGAAGGACUGUUGGAUGAUAUCGGUGACAGGGCAUUUAUGAAUUGCUCUUCGCUAGUGGAUGUUACUCUUCCACAGGAAGUGACAUACUUUGGUGAGGAAGUGUUCAAAAAUUGCACGUCACUUUGUGCUGUUGCUUGGCCCGAGUGCGAACAUAUUCCAUCCGACACCUUCAAGGGUUGCACUAGCCUCGUCGGCGUCGAGAUUCCAGUGAUCGACGGGUUAUACAUUGCCGAAUCGGCUUUUACUGGCUGCGCACAUUUAAUCAACAUUUGGGUUCCAGCUUAUUAUUCGAGGCCAUCCGAUUUAUUUUCUUUCUUCAUUUUUUUAAGCUGUGAAAGGAUGAUGAUUCCUGGCGAAGAUGGUCAAGAUCGAUUCGUCAACCGCCUCCAGCGUAUUCGAGAUCGAUACACCAACCUUCCGGUGCACAUGGUGUGCUACUACUCCUCGCUAGCGACCGUGGAGGAAUUAGUGGAAGUAUUUAACACUGAGAAUGCCUUAAAAGAGGAAAAUAUUCAAGACUGCCAUGGCUUGACACCAUUUCAUGUUGUCGCUGCAUCAGCAAAUCUGAGGAUUGACCUCUUCCAAUGCCUUGUUGAUCAUUAUCCUAUCGAGGUGCUUGAACGAAAAGAUAAGAACGGGCAAAUGAUGAUGGAGUACCUGAUCGAACAUAAGUCCAGCCAUGCCGUCCCUUUGGUGAAACUUGCAAUCCAGAAACUAGCGAUGGAUAGGUUCAAUAUGCAGCGUCUUGGCCAAUCCAAGGAAGCCGAGCUGCUUCGUCGAUUCGAGUUGAUACGAAGUGAUAAUGACACUGUAACUAGAAUGGAACAUUUCGACAGUUUCAAAAAGUUUGCAAGAUACUGCGUGAUGACUGCAACGACAUCACUGAUAGAACUAGCGCUUUGGAAGAUGAAGAUGAACCGGGGGCAGAAAGAAGACCUAGAAGCUGAUGACACGAGUCGAACGGACUGUCGGUGUCAAUGUGGUGCAGAUAUUGUGAUUGGCAAUGUGUUUGGAUAUUUGUGCAAAUCGAGGUCUGAUCUGUUUUCGGACGGGCAUGACGAGCGCUAUUCAACAUCGGCAGUAUGUUGA